AUGGACUAUUCGGCUAUUUCCCACGAUCCGGACCAUCCCACCGAUGCCUCACCUUGGGAUUCUCCGCGGGCCGACCGAACCACGUUCCCCACCAGCAACAAUGACAUCCCGUCCUCCCCUCUCCCAGGCCACGAGAACUCCGUCGAGGAGACGGACAGAAGCAAUGAGGGAGAAGCGCGAUCUCCAGGUCUCUCCGCCCAGCUGCAGAGUGCCCAAAUAGGCGACUCCGGCUAUACCGAGCCCCCCCCCAUUUGCUGCUCAGCACUCCCCUCCGGCACCACAGCAGCCCUCACCUCUGCCCGCACAAUAUCAGACUGCGACAAGCCCAAUAGCUCGAGCAUCCGCUCCGACCUACAGGAUUCAGGGGAAAAUUACAGGUCUGGAAAGGACAGGGAAGAAGGAUCCGAUCCUGCGCUUCGAUGUCCACACCACUUGAUCUCGGCCAAUCCGGAAGCCCUGGUCCCCGCCGUGCCGCCACCGGUAACGCCUGCGGGUGCCGGCACGGACGAAGAUGAACUCAGGGUCAAAGCGGCAAUGCAGCGGUGGCUCAAUGUCGUACUCAGUAACGAAGUUCUCAUCCAGGAUGAUGAGGUGGUACUAUUCGUGGAAAGUGACUUUGGCUAUAGCCCCAUGUUACGGAUGAAACAGCCGGCCACGGGAGUGCGUCGCAAGAUGCUGAAGCAGUUCGCGCCGCCACCAGAUGACACACCAGAGUUGCAAGCUGCUCGGCCUGCUGUGAAGAUGUUGUACUUGGGAACGAUGGAUUCGAGCCACAAGGUCGAUCGUGUUGUCAAGGCCCGUCGAGGCUUGGGAUUGGCCGAGUCGGAUUUUGGUGUGAAGCUCGGUCAGAUGCAUGUACAAGAGACCCAUCCCGGCCUGGGCGCCGCAUACCGCAAACUCGGCAAGAUCAUUCAAACUAUGGGCGACUAUCAUGCAAUCCAGGCAACGGCCGAGGCCACGACCCUGGGAGAGCCAUUGAGCUACCACUCAUCCGAUGCCUUUAUCGUGAAAGAGACUCUGACCAAUCGGCACAUUCUUCUUCGCGAUCUCCUCCAGGCCCAGCAGAGUGCCCGCAACAAGCGCGCCGCGGCAGAUCGGUUGAAGGUCAGCUCGUCUGUCCGGCCUGACAAGGUCGAUGAAGCGAUUAAUGCGCUCGAGGAGGCCCAGAAUCAUGAGGACUAUCUUACCAAGCGGACUCAUAGGGUGACCAACAACCUCGUUCAUGAAAAGCGGCGUUGGUUUGACCGGACCACCAAUGACCUCUUGUUCAGCCUGCGUGAAUAUACUUUGCGCCAAAUUGAAGCGGAGCGCCGCACCCUGGCGACCCUGGAAAGUGUGCGACCGGACAUCCGGUCCAUCGAUGCGUCGGGUGGCCUGAGCCGACUGGGUCGCGAAUCCCACCCCAGCACGCGUCGGCUCAACCUUUCGUCAAGUCAAGGCCCGAAAGGUGACGCUUGGAGUGGUGUUCCUCGCCGCAAUGACAACCUAGGUCGCAGCUUGAGUGGCAGCUUCGCAGCGCCUGUGGUCCCCGAGGACGAGCCCGAGGAGGCGCCAGGCCAGGGCAAGGGAUGUGGACGAUCCACCAGCCAGGCGGGAUCGAUUGCAGAAGACGACGAUGACCGGCUUGAUGCGCGUAACGCGGCGAGUCGCCUGGCUACCAGCACAUUCUGA